CAGCAUCCCCCAGCGGAGACCAGAUUCCUUCUGACCACUUCCCGACGCCCCUGUUUCGUGACCUUGUCCAGUAGAAGGCUAUUUUAUUUUUACAACUGUUCAAGUAUUGACAUACAAGAUGAAGCAAGAUGCCACAAGAAAUGCUGCCUACACUGUGGAUUGUGAAGAUUAUGUGCAUGUGGUAGAAUUUAAUCCCUUUGAGAGUGGGGAUUCAGGAAACCUAAUUGCAUAUGGUGGCAGUAAUUAUGUGGUCAUUGGCACGUGUACAUUUCAGGAAGAAGAAGCAGACGUGGACGGAAUUCAGUAUAAAACACUACGAACAUUUCAGCAUGGAGUCAGGGUUGAUGGCAUAGCUUGGAGCCCAGAAACUAGACUUGAUUCAUUGCCUCCAAUAAUCAAAUUUUGUACUUCAGCUGCUGAUAUGAAAAUAAGGUUGUUUACUUCAGACCUUCAAGAUAAAAAUGAAUACAAGAUUUUGGAGGGCCAUUCAGAUUUCAUUAAUGGUUUGGUGUUUGAGCCCAAAGAGGGCCAAGAACUUGCAAGUGUGAGUGAUGAUCAUACCUGCAGGAUUUGGAACUUGGAAGGAAUGCAGACAGCUCAUUUUGUUCUUCAUUCCCCGGGAAUGAGUGUGUGCUGGCAUCCUGAGGAAACUUUUAAGCUGAUGGUUGCAGAGAAGAAUGGAACAAUCCGGUUUUAUGAUCUUUUGGCUCAACAGGCUAUUUUAUCUCUUGAAUCAGAACAGAUGCCAUUAAUGUCAGCUCACUGGUGCUUAAAAAACACCUUCAAAGUUGGAGCUGUUGCAGGAAAUGAUUGGUUAAUUUGGGAUAUUACUCGAUCCAGUUAUCCUCAAGAUAAGAGACCUGUCCACAUGGAUCAAGCCUGCUUAUUCAGGUGGUCUACAGUUAAUGAGAACUUGUUUGCAACCACUGGUUAUCCUGGCAAAAUGGCAAGCCAGUUUCAAAUUCAUCAUUUAGGACACCCUCAGCCUGUCCUCAUUGGUUCUGUAGCCGUCGGAUCUGGCCUUUCCUGGCAUAGAACUCUUCCACUGUGUGCAAUUGGAGGAGACCACAAGCUGUUGUUUUGGGUAACUGAAAUGUAAAACAAAUUUUCUUUGUACCUUAGAUGCAUAAACUUUGUAUUUUUAAUACAUAUUUUGGAGAACUCCCUAUUUUUAUAUCAAAUAUACUGUAAGCUCUAGUAAUGUCCCAGUUGUUGCUUUUGUUAAAUAAAAUGUUAAUGGU